AUGUCUGAAAGUGAGAAUAGCUUCUUCAAACGUCACUUAAAUAAGCAUGCAAGUUUAAGUGAGCUGUAUGUGUUGUUUGAGACGGCUAUUGAAACUCAACGUCAUGAUCAUGAUGCAUUAACUUUGGCUGAUGAGACAUCUUUCCCUGAGUUAAUUACAAUAUUGGAUAUUGAGAAGCAUGCUGCUACUGUGUAUACUAAUACUAUUUUCCUAGAGGUUCAAAAAGAAAUCCAAUAUGCAUCUGCAUUUUGUACUAUACCUAAAUGCAUAGAUGACACUGAGGGACACAUAUAUGAUGUGGAUGAAGAUGCAGAAGGUAUUUUUAAGGUACACCACAAUAUUGUUGAUGAUUACUUGUCGUGCUCAUGCAAGUUCUUUGUUAGAAAUGGCUUGUUGUGUAAACAUAUGAUUGCAGUUGCACGCAAUUUGAAGCUGAAAACAAUACCGGAAAAAUACAUUGUUUACAGAUGGACAAGGAAUGCAUCGUCAAUUUUCAAACAGGUAGGCCAAAAUCGGUUUGGUUCAUCAACUAAUAAUUGUGAAGCAAAUACGGAUGGUUUGGUUUCUUUGGCUUUGAAUUGCAUUGGACUUGUGGAUGGUAAUGUUGAAGCGAUUCAAUCUUUGAGGAAGAUGUUGCAAGAUUUUUUAGAUGAACAAUCCAAAAAAUCAUGUAAUGCAUCUUCAUCUUCUUUUAAAGAAAGAUUGAUUGAGAAUUUCUAUGGUUCAUCAUUGCCGUCUGUUGUUACUGUGUUCCCUCCGGAUGUUGCAAAAACUAAAGGAAGUUGUAGUAGGAAGAAAUCCCGCUUAGAAGCAGAAGCGAAGCGUGCACAGAAGCCUAAGAGACUAUGCAAGAAGUGCAAUACAUUGGGGUAUCAUGAUUCAAGGAAUUGUGAUAAAGUUAAUGCGAAGAACAAAAAUGUCAGUGACAGUGAUAUUUGA